AUGCCUAGUCCACCAUUCAAGGCUGCGCUCGCAGUUGCUGUGCUCGCCGCGUCGGCGGCUGCAGUGCCCUGUCUGACCGUCCCGGCGUGCCCUAAAACCGGACAUGUCGAAUACUCGAAAUCAGUGCCGGAUUUGACACCGUUUCCGAAGACUGCCGUUGAUCUAUGCUAUACCGACACAUCGGUCGAGCUUACCUUCACCGCAUACGACGAGAAGUAUUUCUACUUUGAUCCGUCGCAGACCACCAACGACGACAUCUGGGAAUACGAGGUGAUGGAGGCGUUUUUGUACCGCGGCACAAACGACCCGCAAACGUACCUUGAGCUCGAGGUCAACCCCAACAACGUCACCUACCAAGCCUUCGUGUACAAUCCCUCCAAGGUCCGCACCGCGGGCGCUGCCUUUGACCACUUUUUCGUCUCAGAUCCGGCCGCCGACGGCUUUUCCGCCGAGACAGAGCUUGACGUGCCAGGCGAGGUGUGGACUAGCAAGGUGACGGUGCCGCUGGGCAUCUUCAAUGUCGACAAUGGCACGGCCAAGGGCACCGAAUGGAGGAUGAAUUUCUUCCGCACGGUUACCAACGAGACGCUGUAUCCGGACCAGCUGCUGGGCGCGUGGAGCCCGCCGAACCAGGCCAGCUUCCACAUGACACCGUACUUUGGUCGUGUCACCUUCGUGUAG